AUGAACGACAAAACCUCUGCCCCAAUACACCCAGAGACCACCAGAGGGUCAAAGGUCCCAUCAGAGAGAGUGGUCCUGCUGGUAAUCACUGCUCUCCUGGCAGCUACUGUCAUAGUGAUUUGUCGUCUCUCUCUUGCCAUCAUGCUUACUGAGAGAAGUUUCCAGAAACUGAGAGAUGAGCACGAAGCUUUGAAGAGAAAUUUCACAGGUGGCACCUGUCUGACAUGUGAAGAAGGCUGGGAGCAAUAUGGACGAAGUUGUUAUUAUUUCUCCACCAUUAAAUCAUCCUGGACUGACAGCAGGAGUAAAUGUCAACAACAAGGAGGAGAGCUGGUGAAGAUAGAGAGCAGAGAGGAGCAGGUUUUCCUGGAUGAGAAGCUGAGAGACAAAAUAGCUGGAAAGGAGGACAAGUUCUGGAUCGGACUGACUGACGCGCAGACAGAGGACACAUGGUUGUGGGCAGACGGAUCUCCACUGGACAAAAAUUUGUCAUAUUGGGGCGAGGGUGAGCCGGACAACUGGACAGACAGUCGAAACCCUGAUGGGGAGGACUGCGCGAGGAUGGGGGAAAAAGGAGGAGCUGAGGAAAACAAGUCCUGGUUUGAUACGCCCUGCAGACUCUCUUACAAAUAUAUUUGUGAGAAACCAGCAGAAAAUGGGAAAUUAAGGUGCCUCUGA